GUCGUCUAUGGCCGAAUCCGUUAAAAGUCAAUCGCUCUCUGCAUUGACGGAGGGGCAGCACGACGACGACGACGGUGGUUCAAAAGCAACAGGAGCGACAUUGGCCAAUAAUAGCAGUGCGGCCAGUACCACAAUCUCAUCCAAUCACUCGUCCCAGCGGCGACGCAACAACAACAACACAAACGGCAGUAGCAGCAGCAGCAGCAGCAAGGGCCAGAGCAAAAACCGGAAGCGCAACACUUCGGCGACGUCAUCCGGCCCUACAGUCAGCUCCUCCGUCGACGUAGUAGCCACCACCUCGACUGCAACUGCAACUGCACCCAAAUCCACCCGUCGAUCUCGCAGCCAAGGUCGCCACUCCUCUGCCUCUGCCUCUGCAGCAGCCAGCAGCAGCACCAAGGAGUCACAAGGCUCCAAGCGCACGGCAGGAGUCUUUCGCUCUCCAUCAUCGCCGGCGUCCAACUCCAUCCCGGUGCCCAGUGAUCAUUCGCUGUCACCCGGCAGUCGCAAGCGCCACCAUCACCACAGCAGCAGCAGCAGUAAUCACACUCGUAGUAGCCACCAACCGGCGCCCGGUGGAGAUCAGUUGGUGGAGCUCUGCUCGCCGCUCAAGAAACGUCGCCUGCAGCAGGCCUUGGGAUCAGGAGCCGUCGGAGGAGCAGUAGGAACCGGCUUAGCUGCUGCUAGAAUCGACCAGACGCCGCGCCAGGCAUCCGGAGACUGUGUGGCCCAGCGCACGCGCUCCAAGACAAUUUCCCCGGAGGAGCAGCCGAGCACUAGCAGCGCGGCGGCGGUGGCUCGCGGUCACCAGAACAACCAGAUCCGGGCCAGUGCCAGUGCCAGCUCCAGCAGCUUCCCGGCCAGCAAUCGCAGCAAGCGCAAGGCCAGUGGUGGCGGACCAGCGGCUGUGGUCGAAACCACUCCCCAUCGAGGGGCAGCAGCUGCUCGCGCCGGUCGCAGCGGCAAUCUGCUGAACUACUACCGCAAGACGCGCAAGGCCAGCCACACGCGCUCCUCCCAGAAGCCGGAGAAGCAGGUGCUACAGGCGGAGGAAACGGCCGCCAGCAGCCGGAACGGAUCGGUGGGAUCCGGAUCCAGCAACAGAUCAGCGGGCGUGAUCAACAAGUACAGGAAGAGCCUGCGCCACUCGCACCAGAGUCUGCUGGACGCAGAGAGCGCGGGGCCAGAAGGACCUGGUGCUGGUGCUGGAAGUGGAGCUGGAGCUGAGGAGCAGCAGCCGGGGCACGGGAACCUGGACCAGCUGCCGACGAACGAGGCGGCUCUGAACCAGCCAGAGACGACGACAGCCGUACACCACAGUCAGAGCCAGUCGGAGGCGAAGGGCCGGGCCGAGGAGCAGGACGACCACGACGACGACGAGGAGGACGACGAGGAAGAGGAAGAAGAGGAGGAAGAGGUGGGCUUCUACGAGAUUGUAAACUCAGCGGACUCGUCGUACGAGGAGGACGCCCAGAUCGUCGCCGAGGAGGACGAGAUCACAACGGAGGAGGACGUCGACGACGAGGAAGACGACAUCGAGGAGGACGAGGACAUUGAGGAGGAGGAUCUCUCUGAGAGCGAAUUCGCCCAGCAACUGAUUGGUGAACUUGGUGGAGAUCAACAACAACAACAAGAACAACAACCCCAACGUGCCAGCAACAACACUAAAACAACCAAGAACAACACAUCAGCGGCAGCAGUGGCAGCGAACACUUUGAAGGCGACAACAACAGCAACAACGUCGUCCGGCUAUCAGCAACGUGCCGCCCCCCAUGGACAGGGGGCGGGGCCAGGCGCUGGAGGGGGCGGGCCACGUGCCACGCGCAGCAGCAAUAGCAGCAACAGCAAUACGAGCAACAACGUUGUUGACUACAGCAUUAUGCCGCACCUCACGGCGGCCACAACAACCACGCCAUAUGUCUUGACGCCACAGCAGCAGCAGCAACAACAACAACCGCCACAACCUCCGUCGCAACAGCAACAACAACAACAGCAGCAGCAACAACAAGCUCACCAACAGCAACCACAACAGCCACCUCAACUGCUGCCCACACACCAGUUCGCACACUUGUCUUCCUUCGUAACACCAACAGCAGCAGCGGCAGCAGCAGCAGCAGCGGCGGCCCACUCCCCGGCUUCUGCUGCUGCCGCUUACUUUGCACAGCAGCAACACCAUCAACACCAACACCAGCAUCAGCAUCAGCAUCAUCAGCAACACCAGCAACAGCAACACGUGCAACAGCCACCGCAGCCGCACUAUUACCAUAGUUCUGUGGCCGUGUUGCAUCAACAACCUCCACCGCACCAUUUUACCUCCACAGGGGCAGGACCACCGCCGGCUCUCUACCAGCAACAGCCGCCGCCACAGCUAACGCGCUACACGCCGGCAACAGCAACUACAUCGGCCACCUUCGUGCCUCCGCAGCAGCAGCAGCAGCAACAGGUCGCCUACAAUCCGCAACAACAACAACAGCAGCAGCAGCAGCACUCUUCACUGCGACGCAGUUCACGUGGCAAGACGGGUUCUUGCGUGAGUUCGGCAGCGGCAGCACAGCAGCAGCAACACCACCAGCAGCAACAGCAACAUAGCAGCGCUGCUGCUGCUGUACAGCAGCAAUUGCUGCCACCGCCUGGUACCUAUCAAUACCAACAGGUGGGCGGCAAUACCGUUGUCGUUGCCGUGCGUCAUCAACAGCAGUUGCAACAGCAGCAGCAGCAACAACAACAGCAACUGGCCCUACACCAGCAACAACAACAACAACAGCAGCAACAUCAGCAGCAUCAGCAGCAACAACAACAGCAGCGUGCCACGCUCGUGCAGCCGGGAUUCCUGUUCAGCUACCGCAGCAACCAUCCGCAGCAGCAGCAGCAACAGCAACCGACGCAGCAAAUACAUCAGGGCCCCAAAGUGACGCAUAGCAGUGCAGCUUCGGAUGCUUUAACAUAUAGUUUGAUGGCACAGCAACCGCCAAGUGGACCGCCGCAUGCAGGUGGACAGCAAAUAACGCCAGGUGCCAACUCAGCCAAUCUCAGCAUUGUAGCGGCCGCUCUGAGUGCCGCCCGUGACGUCGGAGGAGGAACCGGCGGAGGAGGAGGAGCAGGAGGAGGGGGAUCGGCCGGAGGAGCAGCUCCAGCCACCGGAGCAUCGGCUGCGUCCGGAGGAUCCACCAGCGCCGUGGGCGCGACGAGCAGCAGCAACAGCGGGGCCGGCCAACCAGCCAGCAACAGCAGCAGCAGCAGCAGCAGCAACAAUGUGACCGCCACGGGGUCGGGCUCUGCUCCUGGAGGAGGAGGAGGACCCGCAGCCACCGGAACGAGCAGCGGCACUCAGCACGGCGGCGGAGGAGCAGGGGGGGCUGCAGCCGCGGAUUCGGAGAGCGAUGACAGCGAGGUGGGUCGUCUGCAGGCGUUGCUCGAGGCCCGCGGCCUGCCGCCGCACUUGUUUGGGGCACUGGGCCCGAGGAUGACGCACAUCCUCCACCGCACCAUUGGCAACAGCAGCAGCUCCAAGGCCAACCAGCUGCUGCAGGGACUGCAGUCGCACGACGAGUCCCAGCAGCUGCAGGCUGCCAUCGAAAUGUGCCAGAUGCUGGUGAUGGGCAACGAGGACACCCUCGCCGGCUUCCCCAUCAAGCAGGUGGUCCCUGCCCUGAUCCAGCUCCUCCGCAUGGAGCACAACUUCGACAUCAUGAACAACGCGUGCCGGGCCCUGGCCUACAUGCUGGAGGCCCUGCCCCGCUCCUCGGGCACCGUCGUGGAAGCGGUGCCCGUCUUCCUGGAGAAGCUCCAGGUCAUCCAGUGCAUGGACGUGGCGGAGCAGAGCUUGACCGCGCUCGAGAUCCUCUCCAGGCGCCACAACAAGGCCAUUCUGCAGGCGAACGGCAUUUCGGCCUGCCUCACCUACUUGGACUUCUUUUCGAUCGUGGCGCAGCGCGCAGCCCUGGCGAUCGCGGCCAACUGCUGCCUGAACAUGCAUCCCGAGGAGUUCCACUUCGUCGCGGAGAGCCUGCCCCUGCUGGCGCGCCUGCUGUCGCAGCAGGACAAGAAGUGCGUGGAGAGCGUGUGCUCCGCCUUCUGCCGGCUGGUGGAGAGCUUCCAGCACGACGGCCAGCGGCUGCAGCAGAUCGCCAGUCCGGACCUGCUGAAGAACUGCCAGCAACUGCUGCUGGUCACGCCGGCCAUCCUGAACACGGGCACCUUCACGGCCGUCGUGCGGAUGCUCAGCCUGAUGUGCGGUAGCUGUCCGGACCUGGCCAUUUCCCUGCUGAGGAACGACAUAGCGGCCACCCUGCUCUACUUGCUCACCGGAAACGCGGAGCCGGCGGCCGCCAGCGCCACGCACGUGGAGCUGAUCUCGCGCUCGCCAUCGGAGCUGUAUGAGCUCACCUGCCUGAUCGGCGAGCUGAUGCCGCGCCUGCCCCUGGACGGGAUCUUCGCCGUGGACUCGCUGCUGGACAGGCCCACGCUGAACACCCAGGACCAGGUGCACUGGCAGUGGCGCGACGAUCGCGGCUCCUGGCACAACUACUCUACGAUCGACUCGCGGCUGAUCGAGGCCGCCAACCAGAGCAGCGAGGACGAGAUCAGCCUGAGCACCUUCGGGCGCACCUACACCGUCGACUUCCAUGCCAUGCAGCAGAUCAACGAGGACACCGGCACCACUCGUCCCGUUCAGCGGCGCCUCAACCACAACUACGUGGCGCCCGUGUCGGCGGGCCAGGACUUGACCACCAAUGCGGCUGGAUCUGCGGCCUCGGGAGGAGCUUCCACGUCCGCCGCCGCAGCCGCCGCCUCCAACAACAAUAACAACAACAACAACAACAAUCCGCCAGGGAACAGCGGCAGUCAGGUGAAGCGCCGCCCCUCCCUGGACGCCAGAAUCGCGUGCCUCAAGGAGGAGCGCGGCCUGGCAGCUGACUUCAUCAAGCACAUCUUCAAUGUGCUGUACGAGGUGUACAGCUCGUCGGCGGGCCCGAAUGUGCGGUACAAGUGCCUGCGCGCCCUGCUCCGCAUGGUGUACUACGCCACGCCGGAGCUGCUGCGCCAGGUGCUCAAGUACCAGCUGGUCUCCAGCCACAUUGCCGGCAUGCUGGGCAGCAACGACCUGCGCAUCGUUGUGGGUGCCCUCCAAAUGGCCGAGAUCCUGAUGCGCCAGCUGCCCGAUGUCUUUGGCACUCACUUCCGUCGCGAGGGCGUCAUCUACCAGUUCACCCAGCUGACCGAUCCCAACAAUCCCAUAUGCGCAAACCCAUCGCCAAAGCCCCUCAGCACAACGGCCACGCCCACCGCCAAUGCGGGCGGCUCGCAGUCGGCACCGGCCUCCGCCAACAGUCUGCAGGUGAACCCCUUCUUCAUGGACAGCGCUCCGGGAUCGUCGAGUGCCUCCACGACGCCCAGCAGCAGCAAGCACCAGUCGUACAGCGUGAAGAGCUUCUCGCAUGCCAUGAACGCCUUGACGGCCAGCGCCAAGGGAACUCCUGCCGGAGCGUUGGACGCGACUGGAACCUCGGCUCCAGCCAGCGGGUACAACUACAGCAGUUCGGCACCGUCCUCGUCCUCGAGCGCUGGAGCGCCCGCUGCCUUCUUUGUGGCCCAGCAGGGGGAUCCGCGGCAGUACGUGCAGUUCCAGCAGCCAGCAGUCCCACCGCCGCCGCCCCAGUUGGAGCUCCUGCCCACUGGAGCCCAGCAGCAGCAGGGGCAGGCGGGGCCCCAGGUGAUCUACCAGCCGCAGCAGCAGCAGCAGCCCGCCCACCUGGUGGUGGCCUCCACCAGCAGUGCAGCCGCCUCGGCCUCCUCGUCGUCGUCCUCUUCGUCCUCGGCCUCGGCGCUGCAGCACAAGAUGACGGACAUGCUGAAGCGGAAGGCGCCGCCCAAGCGCAAGUCGCAGAGCAGUGGUCGGGCCAAGUCCCGGCAGGAGGAUGCGGCCGUCACGGCAGCGGGAUCUGGAGCCGGAGGAGCGCCACCGGGCUCGGCCAGCUCGGCCAUGCACGAACUUCUCAGCCGCGCCACAAGUCUUGGCAGCGGAACUGGUGGCAGGAGUACGCCCAGUUCGGGCGGCGGAUCCGGGAGCUCCAAGUCGCGCUUUAACGCCGGCAACUCGACCAAUGCCGGAUCGAGCAAGUCCUCGUUCCUGGCCUCGCUCAACCCGGCUCGCUGGGGCCGCCAGACGGCGCACCACCACCACCACCACCAGCAGUCGCAGCAGCAGCACCACGGCCUCUCCAAGGACUCUGGCAGCGCCAACUCAGGUGGAAGCGGCUCUGGAGCCGGCCUGGCCUACACGGUGACCCAGCAUGGCGCUGGCAGCGCGGCCGGAGGACUGAACGCAGCCGCCGUGGCGGCCAGCAUCAGCAAGAGCAUCUCGCACGCCAACCUCCUGGCGGCGGCCAACAGGGAGAGGGCCCGUCAGUGGGUGCGGGAGCAGGCGGUGGACUUUGUGAAGCGCUACACGGAGCAGGAGGCCAGGCGGAGCAAGGCGGCCUCGGAGAGCGGAGCCAGCCAGAGCGGCGGCAGCAGCGGAGUGGGCUUGUCCUCGACGGGCAAUACUCCGCUGUCCACGGCGGGCAGCACAAACGUCCUGGAGCGUCUGUCCAGCAUUCUGUUCAAGCUCAACGGCAGCUACCACGACUGCCUCGACGCUCUCCUCGAGCUGAAGACCAUUCUCCUGGAGAGCGACAUCUCGCCCUUCGAGGUGAACCACUCGGGCCUGAUCAAGGCCAUGCUCAACUACAUGACCAGCGAGUCGGGGCUGGUGGAGCGCGACGCGCGCCUGCGCAGCUUCAUGCACGUCUUCGCCGGCCUCCCGCUGGAACCUCUGCUGCAGAACGUCGGCCAGCUGCCGACCAUCGAGCCGCUGGCCUUCGGCGCCUUCGUGGCCAAGUUGAACGGCUGCGUCACGCAGCUGGAACAGUUCCCGGUCAAGGUGCACGACUUCCCUGCCGGUCCUGGUGGCAGGUCCAACCAGAGUGCGCUGCGGUUCUUCAACACCCACCAACUGAAGUGCAACCUGCAGCGUCACCCGCAGUGCAGCAAUCUGCGCCAGUGGAAGGGCGGCACUGUGAAGAUCGACCCGCUGGCCAUGGUGCAGGCCAUCGAGCGGUACCUGGUGGUGCGCGGCUACGGCGGCAUCCGGGCCGACUCGGAUGAUGACAGCGAGGAGGACAUGGACGACAACGUGGCCGCCGUGGUGAUGACCCAGGCGGGCUUCAAGCACAAGCUGCAGUUUACGAUCGGGGAGCACGUGCUCCCGUACAACAUGACGGUCUACCAGGCGGUCAAGCAGUUCUCGCCGCUGGUCAGUGAGCAGCCGGAGACCGACAACGAGUCGGAGACCCUGUUGGGCAACGCCAGCAUAUGGGUGCAGCAGCACACCAUCUACUAUCGGCCCGUGGAGGAGGAGGUGGCUGCCGGAGCGGCCGCCGGGGCAGCCUCGAGCAGCAGCUCGUGCAGCAGUGGCGUGCAGAAGCAGCAGAGCAGUUCCAGUUCCGCCUCCAGCUACGCGAACGCCUCCUCCUCGUGCUCCUCCUCCUCGGGAGUGGCCAGCGGCGGGGGCUCCUCCUCGAAGAAGGCGCACAAGUCCAGCAGCAAGUUCAUGCGCAAGAAGACGGAGCUCUGGCACGAGGGAAUAGCUCCGGGAGUGGUCUCCGCCCUGAAGCCCUUCCUCAGCAGCUCGCUGCCAGCGGAUGUGGUGACCGUGCAGGACGCCUCGCUGGACGCGCUGUGCAUGCUGCGGGUGAUUCACGCCCUCAACCGGUACUGGGAGCAUCUGUACGGGUGCGUGGUGCGCCAGAACAUCAUUCCGCAGUCGGAGUUCGUGCACCCGAAGAUCACGGCCAAGGCCAACCGCCAGCUGCAGGAUCCGCUGGUCAUCAUGACGGGCAACCUGCCGCAGUGGCUGCCCCAGAUCGGCAUGGCCUGUCCGUUCCUCUUCCCGUUCGAGACGCGCCACCUGCUCUUCUAUGCCACCAGCUUCGACAGGGAUCGCGCCCUGCAGCGCCUGCUGGACACCACGCCCGACCUGAACGCAGCGGAGUCCUCGGAGCGCGUGGCUCCUCGCCUCGACCGCCGCAAGCGCGCAAUUUCCCGUUCGGAGAUCCUCAAGCAGGCCGAGCACAUCCUGCAGGACUUCGGGCACUCCAAGGCCCUGCUGGAGAUCCAGUACGAGAACGAGGUUGGCACGGGUCUGGGUCCCACCCUGGAGUUCUACGCGCUGGUCUCUGCGGAGCUGCAGCGCACGGAUCUGGGCCUGUGGAACGGCAGCGACAGCUACAAGCACAGCUCGGUGGCCAUCGUGGACGUGGUGAAGGCCAGCAACACUGUGUUACACAUCGAGGACGCUCUCGAGGCAACCACCAUGGACCAGAGUCCCCCGGCGGCGGGAGGAGCGUCGAUUGUGAGCAGCACGACCACCACCACCACAACGACGACGACCACUCAACAGCAGCAGCAGCAGCCUCCGCCCACCCGUUCCAGCAGCCGCUCGCACGUCCUGCGCAGCGGAGGUGGGCAGCAGCAGCAACCGGCGCAGCCGGUGGAGCACAGCUCCUCGAGCACUGGCGCCAACGAGAACGCCCUCAACAUGAUUAUCGCACAGCAAUUCGGUGAUAUGAACUCUGCUGACCCAGCAGCCACUACUGAUAAUCCCGGCAGCACCACCACCACGACCAGUGUGGUGGAGCAGAACACCACCACGAAUCACUCCAGCACCACCACCACCACGACCACCACCACGACCAUGAUGAGCUACGUGCAUGCGGUGCACGGCCUCUUCCCUCUGCCCCUGGGCAAGUCCUCGAAGCUUCCGCAGAUGACCAAGGCCAAGGCCAAGUUCAAGUUCUUGGGCAAGUUCAUGGCCAAGGCGGUGAUGGACAGUCGCAUGCUGGACUUGCCCUUCUCGUUGCCGUUCUAUCGUUGGCUGGUCAACGAGGAGCACUCGAUCGGCCUGGCGGAUCUGAUGCGCGUGGCCCCGGAGGUCCAGAGCUCGUUGGUUCGUCUGCAGGAUGUGGUGCGCCAGCGGGAAUACAUUCUCUCCGAUCCAAACAUCGACGCCAUGGAGAAAACAGAGAAAAUUGAACAACUUGACCUGGAUGGCUGCCCCAUCGCAGACCUGGGCCUGGACUUCAUGCUGCCCGGACAUUCCACCAUUGAGCUGUGCCGUGGCGGUCGCGAUACACCAGUGACCGUGCACAACCUGCACCAGUACAUCUCGCUGGUCACCUACUGGUUCCUCAUCGAGGGCGUUCAGAAGCAGUUCGAGGCUCUGCGUGAGGGUUUCGAUUCAGUGUUUCCGAUCCAGAGGCUGCGCAUGUUCUACCCAGAGGAGCUGGAGUGCGUCUUCUGCGGAUCGGCCAGCGAGCAGCAGCAGCAGCGCUGGGAGCCCAAGAUGCUGCAGGACAGCUGCCGCACGGACCACGGAUUCCACCAGGAGUCGCAGGCUAUCCAGUUCUUGUACGAGAUCCUGUCCUCGUAUAAUCGCGACGAGCAGCGAGCCUUCUUGCAGUUUGUGACCGGAUCGCCGCGUCUGCCGACCGGCGGAUUCAAGGCGCUGACGCCGCCCCUAACUAUCGUGCGGAAAACGCUGGACGGAAACCAAAACCCCAAUGACUACCUACCAUCUGUGAUGACCUGCGUCAACUAUCUGAAGUUGCCCGACUACUCCAGUCGCGAGGUGAUGCGGCAGAAACUGAAAGUGGCCGCCAACGAGGGCAGCAUGUCCUUCCACCUCUCGUAAGCAGGAUAGGAAUCAAAACCAACCAACCCCUUUCCACGAAAUCCAGACCUGCAACCACACACAAACGGGAACUAAGCCAAGGGAUAAACGAUACCAUAUGGAAGAUAUUCUGUAUGCUAUAUUCCUGGCGCAACGAAACCGCUGCAGCAUGGUUUACCUGGAUGCGUCUUGUUUGUUUUUUUCUUUUUCUUACGAAAGUUACUUUCGCCACACGCGCUUCCCCCGUCUCUUCACUUUUCCUCGUGGAAAGCGCGCACCCUGCUAAAUUUCAAUAUAAAUAUAAAACUAAACUAUUUUUUUAAUACCGAGUUUUGCAAAAAAAGAAGAAACGACAAAAGAACAAGGAUGCUGACGGGGAUGAAGUCUACAUGAAGGAAACGUGAUGGAUUACACACCAUACCUCUCCCAUUAAAUGUUACCUUAAAUAAAUUGAAUAGUUAAAUCGAUUAUUCAAUGACCGAUCAUUUGUCCAACCGAAAAUGUCGAUCUAAGCUUGGCGAUCUAGUUAAAUUUGUUUUAGUUUCUUUUCUCCAACUCUUAUUACUCUCAUUCUAAUUCUAACACUUACUUUAAUCAAAGCAUUAUUUUAUUAAGUUUACUUGUUAUGUUGAACAUUUUCUCUGGCGUAUAAAUAUGAGUUUAAUUAAUUUGUAAGCAUUAAAUAUGCAUAAACGCUUAUUAGAAAAAAAUGAUCGAAAGUGGGAUGAAGAGGAGAAACUGGAGCAUUGGAGGUUGAGCAGUGGCCCUUCUGUAGAAGUGGAAUAAUUCAUCAAGUUUUACGCAUAACACAACCCAAAACAAAUGAUCUAAAUAAAAACGCCCACCCUUGAAGUUACACUUACAAAACUAAUAAUACAUUUAACAUAAUUAUACCAUAAUGAUCUAUCUUUCAUGCCUAAAAGAAAAUUAAUGCAAAUUCUGCAAGCUGUGUUACAUCAAAAGAAGUUUAAAAAUAUGAGGAUAAAAAGCCAUCGUUAGGUGGGUGUACGUUUAAUUUAAAGAAAAAUUAAAGAGAAACGGAUUAAGGGAGAGCUGAUAAAAUGAAGUUAGUAUUUAGUACAUCCCUCUUACAUAAAAUACGCAUACAUAUAUAUAAAUAUAUUAUAUUUAAACUGUAACAUUACAUAACUUUAUUGUACUUGAAGCAUAUGCAUACAUUUUUGUGUUGUCUAACAGAAAAGAAGGAACAGGAAGCUAAUAAAAAUCAAAUAAAAAUGGAUUAACGUUAAAAGCAAGAAGCAAACCGAUCUUACACUAUAACUAGAUACAAAUCUUUGCAGUACUGAAAACUGAUUACUGACAUGUGGUAUAUAUACAUAUAUAACUAUAAAAUCAUUUAUAUAAAUAAAAUAAUUACACUUAACUGGAAACAAUGGCAUCUCCUGAGAUGCUGGUCAAGUUAUAACAUAAAACGCUAGAAUUAAAUUAUCAUAUAACAGUAAUAUAACAUAAAACCUAUGUAGUUACAUGAAAAACAUAAACAUUUGCUCUAUAAUAACAAGAAGUAAAACAAACCAACCAAGAAGCAAGCAAAUAAAACAAAAAGAUUAUAUGACAAA